GAUAGUGUUGAUAAAAAAAAAACGUGUUAUCUUGAGCGUGGAACCGUGGACGGUGACACGGUGUUUUUGAAGUUUAAAACGUCUGUCGUCUGAAAACCAAAAAUCUAAUAUUCUGCAAUUCUGCUCUUGCUCUACCAUACUUUUGUCCACGGUCUGCUCAUUGAUCCUCAUUGAUCGUUGGAUCAUGGGACUUCGAAAUGUGUACACACUCAGUCGUUGUGCACAGCUGUAAUAGUUCCUUCUUGCCUAUUUAUUAGUAGACAGCAUAAAGUAAUAAAGUCAACAUCGACGCACAGCGAUCCUAUUUACUGAAAGUAAAAUGUUGUAUAAAAUAUUUCAUCAAAACAUUUUCGAAGUCAUAGACCUGAGUUCGGCUAUGCUGAUGACAGCGUCGGCCCUCGUUGUUGGAUACGUCUGGACAUGUUUGAGGGCCUCGCGCAGGCAGAAGAUGAUAGAACUGGAGAACACGCCACACAGAGUGCUAUUGAUCACCGCACAUCCUGAUGACGAAUGUAUGUUUUUUGGUCCGGUCAUACAGAAGCUGUCCAAAAUGAAAGACGUUCACCUUUACUUAAUGUGUCUAUCCGUUGGUGACUUCGAAGGAAAGGGCUCACUGCGAAAAGCUGAACUCUAUGAGAGCUGCAAAAUAUUGGGCAUUGAAGAGGGCAAUAUACUGUUGUGCAAAAACACUUUGCUUCCUGACAACCCACGUGUGGACUGGGACACAAUUUUACUGGCCGACAAGAUUUCUGAGCACGUAGAACAAUUAGAAAUUGAUACUGUUUUGACAUUUGACAGCUAUGGCGUUAGUGGCCAUCGAAAUCAUAUAUCAAUAUACUUAGCAUUAUUCCAUUUGGUUUAUAAUAAAUUGCUCCCAGGUUACUGUCGUGUAUAUUCACUGGAUUCAGUCAAUAUUUUACGGAAAUAUGUCAAAUUUAUUGAUGGGUUAUUCAAUAACACCUCAGACUUUAAAUGUACUAUUUCAACAAUGGAACAAAAUUGUGUAACUAAAGCAAUGCAAGCACACCAUUCUCAGUACAUUUGGUUCAGAAAACUGUAUAUGAAAUUUUCUAGAUACACCAGAGUAAACACUUUUACAGCCAUUUCUGCCGAGUAACUUUUGACUUAUCAUCUUAGAAUAAUAUUAGUUUUUAAUUACUUAUACUUUUAAGUAGUUCAUGACUGUGAUAAUUUGUUUACUAUAACAGUUAAAUAAUGUCUCAUUAUUGUUAAUAUAUUUUUUUUUGUACAGUUUUCAUUUUCCAAAAAUUAUUGUAAUUUGUUACUAAAGAUUGAAAAUGCCAAAACGUAUUACUAAAAUAAACUGAAUUUUUUUUUAUUAA